UACUGCCUCGAGGAUUUACAUCUAAAUCGAAGUAUGCCGCAACGCUGCGUCGUUGCAGGUUGUAGCAACACAACAAGGGAAGGUGUGAGUCUGCACUUGUUUCCAAAAGAUCCAAAUAUUAAAAGAAAAUGGACAGCAAAAGUCAAACUAACUCGCGCCCAUUGGUGUCCGAGUGACCGCAGUGUGGUGUGUUCCGAGCACUUCUGUGCGGAGGACUUUGUCCCCGGGCUGCAUGCGGCGUUUGGGAUGAAGAAGAGGCCGUCCCUCAAGCAAGAUGCCAUUCCCAAUAUCAAACUUGGGACAUCUGCAGCCGCAGAGCCAGCUAAGAGUGAAAGACCGGCUUUUGCCAAGCGAGAGAAGGCUAGGAUGCUGGAUGAACUAUUAUCAGAUUCCAAGGACGAGAGUGUUCCACAUGCUGCUGGUUCAGCGCAAUCAGAUGAGACCCCAGGCUGCAGUUAUUGGACAGACGAGAAUCCCCAUGAGCAGGCAUUGGGCGACUCCGAAGAGGAGAUGGAUACACAAGAACAAGCCAGCCCAGAACAUGUCACCCUGGAACCCCCAACCCCACAGCAAUCCACCCGGUCUGUUGGGACUCAGUUUUCACCUUCAACACGAGUAAAACGUAGCCAGACAUCUGUCCUCACAAGGGAGACUGGUUCCAUGAAGCUACCACCAGAGUUAGCUUCGACCGGGACGCAAUGCGUAAUCAUCGAGGAGGAGAUGAAGGGGACAAAGGAGAAGGAGACGGCAGCAGUGAAAGAGAAGGAGGCAAAGGAGAGCAGUAGCGAUGAAAACAGCAAUUCCGGCAGUGAUGCACCACGUAAAAAACAAGAAUCCUCGCCUGGUUAUUCACCUGACAAAUCAUCAUCAUCGUCUAAAGAGCAGAGCACACCUCAGAAGCCUUUGAAAAAACGCAAAAAGACGAGAGGUCAGCGCCCAUCAACAUCUUGGCAACCAAGAUCAAAUGUUUUGCCCCACUUGGAAAACAAAUAUAUCGUGUUUGAGACACAAUUGAUGGAACUUUUCCAAAAAUGUCCGUCAUGUGGAUCUGGGAAUGUAGGCAUCCAAAAGUGGACAAAAGGAACCCUGGUCACCAUCAACACAGAAUGCUGGAGUUGUUCAGCUAAGAAAUGCUCUUGGGCUAGUCAGCCGUGGUAUGGUUGCACCCCAGCUGGGAACAUUCUCCUGGCAGGAGCCACACUGUUUGCGGGAGGAAGUUGCACUAAAUUGCUUAAGAUAAUGGACAACAUGAACAUAGCCUGCUUCUCUGAGCCAACCUUUUAUAGGUUUCAGACUGAUCUCCUGCAGCCAGCUAUAGAAAACCAGUGGAAGAUACAUCAAGAUGCUCUGCAUACCCAGCUCGUUGCUUCAGGAACACCCUUGACAAUUGGCGGUGAUGGACGAGCAGACAGCCCAGGCCAUACAGCGAAGUAUGGCAUGUACACAGCUAUUGAACUCGAAGUCAACAAGAUCAUUGAUAUCCAGUUGGUACAGAGCAAUGAAGUUAAAAGUAGCUACCACAUGGAGCUGGAGGGCUUAAAGAGAACAUUCCGGACCAUUGAAAGUAAAGGUCUAACAAUCCACAAACUUGUUACAGACCGACACAGACAGCUGGCUAAACACAUCAGGGAAACGACCCCUAAUGUCAUACAUUUGUUUGAUGUGUGGCAUGUAGCCAAAGCUGUCAGAAAGAAGGUGCAUUCACUGGCCAAAGUAAAAGAAUGUGAGGUUGUAGGACAAUGGGAGCAGAGCAUAAACAAUCAUGUUUACUGGGUAGCUUCAAGUACUAAGGACGAUGAACAGGAAAUGAGAGUGGCUAAGUGGAAGUCUUUGGAGAAUCACCUUCAAGGGAAACAUAGUGGUCACUCUGAAUUAUUUCCGAGAUGCCUACAUGGGGACUUAGGAAAGAAACGUCGCAAGAAAUAUCUAAAGCCUAGCACAUUGGCAUCUGAGAAAUUGAGCAGCAUCAUCAACGGCACAGCACUAGUCAAGGAUAUCAGGAAAUUGUCAAGUGGCAAGCAAACCUCCUCGUUGGAAUGCUUUCACAGCAUUGUGAACCAGUUUGCUCCAAAGAUGAAGGCUUACAGCUACUUCGGCAUAACCAGCAGGAUUCACCUUGCAGGACUCCACUACAAUGAAAACAGCAAUAGAGAGCAAGCAACCACUAGCACUGGGGCUAAGCGCUACAAGGUCAGCAAGCUUAAGUACAAGGAUGGAAUUGCGACAAUCAAGGAAGUCAAAGAAGAUGCCCAGUACUCUUACGUUGCUGACCUGAUGGAUGACGUGGCUAAACGCAGCAAGACCUACGUACCUAAACCCAAGAGGAAGAGGAAGAGGAAGGCUGCCCCACCGACACUUACCAGUCAAUUCUUGUACCCUUCUAAAGACCAGCUCAUCCAGCAACAUCGCAGUCGUUUCAACUUAGAUAGUUAAUCUGCUAUGUUUCUACAGUGCCGGGAAUGGAGAAUAUUAGAAAUAACUGAAGUUCAAGGUUCAGUGUGACAGGCACCAUCCAAACAAAUUGCAGUAUGUACAUCAUAAUGAUAUCACUUUGGUUGUUACCAGAAAAGUUGUUAUGUGAAAAUCCAUUCUUUGGUAAUGCUGAUAUGGUAUCAGAAGAAACUUUUUAACUUUGACAGACUCAGAGCAUAAUUUGUAAAACCAAAUGUUAAUGUUCAAACAGUUAUCUUGCAUCAAAUUAGGAUGCCUUUUUGGAUCUUGUAAGACAAUUUACUGAGAAGACAGUUUCUUAUUUGUGUAACAGAGUAACAAAUUUGUCUCUUAGACAACCAAAAUUUACCAUGGGUUGUUUGAAAUUGUUUCAUAGAUUUGUAGUGAUUUGUAACUAAUUUGAAUAAUGGUAAGGACUAUUGGUAUUUCUCACUAAUACAAGUGCUUGCCUAUAUGGAAACAGUGAUUGUUAUAUACAUUUCAAGGUUCCAUUGUUACACCUUCUAUAGCUUGAUAUUUAAUGUGGCAAUACAAAUAGAGACUGCUCUUAUGCCUAUUUGGAUAGCAGCAUCCUUUUCUACCAAAGCUGGUACAGUGAGCUUACGGUAUGUUUUUAGGUUGAUUGAUUGGUAGAAACUAGGAUGGGUAUGGUAUUUGUCUUGAGCUAUAAUGCAAUGUUACAGAGUGAAAUCUGACAUUAUUCAUGUCAGAUUUGUUUCAGAAUUCCACAUCUUUUUAUGUAUCACCAUAGGUCAAAUAAACUGAUUAUGUUGUCAUUGUUGUGUCCCUUACCUUGAACUAUAAUGCAGCUGUUUGCGUUGUUGAUACAACAAUUUCCUGUAGUCAUUUUCUAAGUAAGUAAGGCAUAAGUUUAUCAUGGUGUAGAAAAUAAACUGGGCUCUUCUAU